AUGGCAUCAGACGGCUUUCUCCAGCUCGUGGAGCAGCGACGGUCCAACUACACCCUCUCGGCGGAGUCGACGAUCCCAGACGCCAAAGUGGUGGAGAUAGUGCAGGCGGCGAUCAAAUGGGCGCCGGCGUCGUAUAACGUGCAAUCGGCGCGGGCGGUGGUGCUGUUCCGCGACCAGCACCGGCAGUUCUGGGACCUUGCGGCUACGCAUAUCGCCGCGCAUGUCAAAAACCUGCCGCUCGACGAAGCCACCAAGGCCUUUCUGGUCGGUCGGAUGGCUGGGUUCAAGGCCGCGUAUGGUACGGUGCUGUGGUUCGAGGACCAGGCGGCGCUGGACGGGUUGGCCAAACUGCAUGCCAAUGUGGUGCCGUUGUUGAAGGAAUUCUCGGACAGCUCGUCAGGCAUGCAUCAAUUCAUCGUCUGGACCGCCCUUACCGCCGAAGGACUGGGCGCGAGCUUGCAACAUAUCAAUUCCGUGCCGACCCUCCCUGCCGAGACGCUGUCCACGUUUGGUCUUCCGGAGACGUGGGUUUUCAAGGCCCAGCUGGUGUUUGGCAAGCCCACGGCCCCGCCGAUGGACAAGAUGACCCCGCCGCUGGGCCUGCCGCUCGAAACGAGAGUUUUGGUUAAAGAAUGA